UUCUGUUACUUUUGAUUGGCGAUCAAUAACUUCGGUGGGGUGUAUACUGUUUUACAAAAUGUGUAGUUGUCAAAUGUGACAGUAGUGAAUGUUUUUGUAAAUGUUUUCUGUGGUAUAAUAUGGAAUUAUGUAUAAAUUCGGGAUAUCUAUUUUAUGCAUCUUAUUAUUUGUUGAAGCAAAAUGUAGUAAGUUGAAAGAAGUUUUUGUUGAUAUAGGUCAAAAUCUAACAGUACCAUGUCCCAUUCUCAAAACCAAAGAUGUUAUGUGGGUAAGAGAACAGGAAAAAGAAGAAAAAAUGACUGUAUUAGAAAAUGGAUCACUUUUUAUCUCAGAAGUUGACAGAAAUGAUUCAGGAAAUUACUCAUGUAUCAAGGAAAACGUUGUAAAUUCAGAUGUCAGAUCAACAAUCCAUGUUUCAGUGAGAUCUCCUCCACCUCCACUGAUAAAUGUAUCAGUGAGACCAAGUACAAUAUUAGCCCUAAUUUUAUGGGAUGUACAGGGAAAUGGUGGUUAUCCAAUUAUAAAUUUUACUGCCCAGUAUCGCCUGGCAUAUUCGGGCAGUAACUGGUUGCCCAUUUCACCUAAUCAUAUCACCCCUAAUUCUCGACAAAUUGAAGUAUAUAAACUAACACCUAAUACAACGUACGAAUUUCGAAUUUGGGCAACAAAUCAGUUAGGUAGAGGAGAAAUUACUGAAGUUAUUGGAACCACCUUAAGUGUCUACCAAGAACAAGAAUUAGCGAGACAUUUGCUUGAAGGAGCUGAUAAAUUUGAUACUAGAGUUUGGGCGGUAGCCGUUGGCAUAGUAAUGGGUACUUUAGUACUGCUAGGCUUUGGAACAUGUUUCCUCCUGUACCAAGAAUGUAAAAUUACACCAGUGACAGAGGAACAGGAAAUUAUCGAACUUGUUCCAAACAUCAUAUUAAAUCCUGGAUUCGAUGGAAACCAACAGAACGAGCAGAUGCCUGCCGAUGAAAAUUCAAAUAACGAAACGCCCUUGCGACUGAACAAUAACACGGUCGUGCAGCCCCGAAAUGUAUAGGUGUGAAUGGUAAUAAAUUAGUCAGCGAUUAUUGGGGGAAACUGUUUACAAAUCAAAUUUAAAUCAAACGUAACUGAAUUCGUGAUUUGGAACAGUACUCAUAAGAUAAUUUUGUGUUCAAUACUCAGAAUGUGAUGUAUAUGGUUAUUUUUUGUUUAUUGAUUGUGUAAUUUGAAUUCCCAUCUUUCAGAAAUUAAUGUUACUUUCAUUUUGUAAUCAUAUAUAAUUGUGAUGGUUGUUAUUUAUUUUGUUUGUGUUAUGUUUGUUGUAGACUGAUAUUAUUGGAUCUAGAUUGGCACCAAAUUUUGAAUUUUUCUAGUCAAAGUUUCUCAUCACUUCAUAUCAUCAUAUUGUGCUUUGUUUUGACAGUGAUAUUUUUAUAUUUAAAAAUUAUAAAUAAUGGCUUCCAUUGUAUUUAAGUCAACAUUUAUGCAACAUAUUUUUUGUUUUUAUAAGUAAAUAUACACCUCACUCAUUUAUUAAUAGUUAACAAUUACAUAUCUUGUCUAGUAAUAACUGUUCAGUAAUUUAUAUAAAAAAAUAUGUUGCUUAAAUUUUAAAGAAGGCAAACCUAUUUUUUUACGGAAAUAAUAAAUAACCAAAAAUGGUUUGAAAUAGAAAAAUAUUCUUCAAAUUUUCUCUUUUUAUUUGUGUCAUGCUAUUACAGACAAUGACUUUUCUAAAUUUUCUAUCACUGCAAAACGUUUUUAAUUUCGCGUUGUAUAAUAACAAUGAAAGUAUUCGUGAAGGGUCGAAUAGUUUGACAUUCAUUAUACCAAUAGAAUAUUAAGGUGUUGUGUGAUUAAGUUCCAUUAGCAAGGUCCUACAGGGUGUUCUGUAGUCGGCGUACCUUGUGUUCAAACAUAGUUACUUUGAAAGGUUGUAAUAUUAAUCUGUGCCUAGUAGAUUGCGCAGGCUACUCAUAAAUUUAGUCACAAAUUAGCUCAAAGAUAGAUGGAAUGCUCGCUUUCAUUGCAAUAACUUCAUUUAAUACAUGAAAUUAUAAAAAAAUAUCAGUGCCUAAAAUAGUUUGAUAAUAGAUUAUGUAAUAAUAGCUUAAAGCACAUUUGUGACAAAUUCGUAAGAACCACAGACUGAUUUUAUUAUUUUUAAACGGAAAAUUAAUAAGGGUUCGACUAUUGUUAGACAUAAUUGUAUGUAUAUUGCAUUCUUUGUAGAUUAUUUCAAGUGUCUAACAAUGGUUUCAGAAACAGAUAAGUUUUUGUAUAUUUUAUUUUUGAUUUAAUUUUGAAGUAUACUUAAGACAUAAAUCAAAAAUACUUGUAUACAAAAUCUUGUCAGUGAUGACUGUAACAGAUUUAUUUUUAAAAUUGGAACAGUGUCUAAAGAAGCUGAUACAAAUUGUGUAUACUAACAAUUGAGUGAGAUAAUCUGUUGCAGAGGUUGAGACAAUUAAUGUUUGUACCAAAGAAAAUGUAAAUACUAAUCAUAUAUAUUGAUAUUAAUAUUUUUUUCAUUUAAAAUAUAUUAUGCUGUUUUGAAACAUAUUUAUAUAACGUGCUUUUAUACGAGGUAAAACAAAUUUUGUAUUGUAAUUAUCGUGUACAUGUCUGUAUUGUAUGUAUAAAAUUGGAUGUGAAAUAAUUUUAUAAAUUGAAAUUUAACCGUACGCUGUUAAAACGUAUUUUGCUUCGUUUAACAGGCCUAACCAUUUAAUAAUCGAGUUAGUUGUUGGUUGACUUUUAAUUGCUAGUUUCCAAUUUAAGACUUACAUUUUCAAGAAAAUCUAGAUUUAAUGCGGAAACUAGUUUUUAAUCAACCAUUAUUUAUCGUAAUAUUGCACCAAUAGAUUAAUAUAUAUUUUUAAAGUUUGAAGCACAAUGAAUUUUAUAUUCGUUAUUAUUAAAUGGUAGGAAAGGUCUUUUUAAUCUGACAUGUGCUAUACUCAUUGCUUCCUAUAGAUUAUUUAACUCGCUUUGCUAUAAGCUUUAUCAAUUUAUUCGAAUGAUAGAUCUUCCACCUUAUUCAAAUUAUGAAUCAUUUUAGAUUUUGUUCCAUAAUAUUUCUACGUAUUCAAUUUGCAUUCCACCAUUAUUUAAACAAAUGUUGAAUUAUAAUUCCUUUUGGCAUUUUAUUACCAUUGAAUUGUGAAUUUAAACAUGCUGCAAUAGUGAUAAAACAGAAAUUGUUAUUUACUUCACAGAACACUACUGUAGAUAACUAGUGGAAUGUAAUGAGUAUUGUAUAAUUAUUUCUGUACUUAUGAAACGAUGACAAGAAUAGUUUGUUUUUAGUACAAUAUUAAUAACUGACUUAUCUAUGAAUGUAUUUGCGAUAUUCAUAUAUUUUUUAUUAGUGUUAUUUAAUAUUUGUUAAAUAUGUGAAUUAAUUUUAAUUUACAGCAUUGCAGCUUGUCAUUUUUAAAAUGGAACCGAAAUAUUUAUAUAAAUACUUUUGCAUUCUAUAUUUAUAGCCUAAUGUACAGUGAAUCAAUCCUUGGGGUAAAAUUUGUUGUUUAAAGGCAUUUUAAUAAUUUACUAUACACAAAUAAGCUUGCUUUACAAAGCAAACACUGCCUCUUAGGAUGAUUGUUAUUAUUUUUGAUAAACUCAGGAUCAGCAGUUGUUUUUUAUUUAACAUUAAAUAUAUUACUGAUUAUUAUUACUAAUGUUCUCUUGAACAUCAAACGUAAAAAAACUGUUAGACAAAUUACUGGGCAUAUUUGCGCUAAUUUCAAGAAGCAAAUAAUGUGAGAGUUAUUUUUCUUAAAAGGUUGCAGAAUUUGAUUUGAUAAGGACGCUAGUUAUUGAUAAAAUUAUUCUAUAAUUAAUCUUUGAAAGGCUCAAAUUUUACUUUAAAUCUGACCGUUUAUUAAAAAUCUUUGCUUAAAUUUAACUGAUUUAGGUUAAAUAAUUUCAUUAUGGAACAUGUUCCGGUAUAUUUUCAAAUUGAGUUUUAUAGAAUAUGUAUGGUUGUGAUAAAAUACCUGAUUGUCUUUUAUUAUUACAAUUUAAUGUUGCAGUUCCUGUGUUCACCAUUUUUUAGUUGCCUAAUGUUCUUUUACAUAAUAAAUACCAAUUGAUUAAGAAA